UGCAUAAACACUUUUAAACAUUCAAGUUUAGUUGUUCUUGAAAAAUGAAAAUCUUUGGUUUAAUUUUAUCCCUCUUUGCCUUGGUUUCCUCAGCUACAGCUAUUAGAAAUGCUGUUUGUGGCUUAAGACAUUCCGCGGAUGGUUAUGAGGAUGGCUAUAGUUGUCAUGCUUAUUUCCCAUCCUGGUCCUAUAACUCUGCUACUAACGAAUGUGUUGAAUUCGUCUUUGGCGGUUGCGGUGGUAAUGACAACCGUUUCGAUACAUUGGAAGGAUGUGAAGCUAUGUGCAAGGAAUAAUAAUUAUUUGUUCUCUUAAAGAAAUAUUUCUUUAGUUGAAUUAUUUGUAUUUAGAACAAAUC